GGGAUAAAACAGGGCCAUACCGUUUGUAGACGUGCAUCUAUAGUCAUGUAAGCCCAAUGUGUGUGGUGUUGUAGCCAGAAUCGAUUGAGGCUGAGACAUGCAGGUGUGGAGGUAUGUGCAGCGGGGUGAAUGGGUAUCGGUGAAACGAUUUUGAUAUCAAGCUUUGGGUGUGGUAUGGGUGCUGGAGAGAAGGUUGAUAUUUAAAAGCUGGCGCGCAACUACAGAGUCGGAAGCUGGAGUAUACAAGACCAAGACGUGCAUCUCUUCGAUAUCAUAACAGUUCACCUCGUAUCAGCCAUGACCUCCUUCACACAACCACUAUCACAAUGGCUCCCGUCCGCUGUGGUUCUCAACAUUGCGACUGUGCCAACUUCCACCCCUUCACCAACCUCGACGAGAUCGCGGCGAGAGCGUAGACUCAAGCUACGUGAUUCUUGCGAUGCCUGCGCAACCUCAAAAGUCAAAUGCAGUAAAACACACCCUGUCUGCACACGCUGCUCCAUAAACGGCUCACAGUGUGUAUACGGUGUGUCGAGGAAGCAUGGCAAGCCUGGAAGAACGAUGAAGACGAAUACAGACGAAUCGCCCUUAAACAAAACGCCGAAGCAACGACCAUCCCCUGACGGCAGUGAGUUUGGGAAGUUCAGGAUUCGUCCUGAGCCCGUCCUUCAGCCUCAGCUGGAGCUCGAAACCGGGAUGAAUUGGUCGCCUACACCGACUGCACCAGACACUCCUGACCUCGACUUCGAGAUGAUGCCUCAAGCAACGUACGGGGAGCCGAGUGGAUAUACCUUCACAGACGAACUAAUGGUUACGGCACAAUGUGAGCUGGAGAACCACAGGCCUGCCUUCCGGGACCAGCAGUCAGUUCAACUCCACAUGCGGGAUGUCCUGGAUCUACCUGGCUUCACCAACAGCAACGCGGUAAACCCUCUUCCCUAUGAAUUCCAAGACUCAACCAUGGAUGUCUGGUCUUCUGCCUAUUCUUUACCUUCACCCCAAAGCCCGAAGACGGACCAAGUGAGCUCUUACGACACCAUGUCGGGAAGCUUUUCUACACCCACCUCACACUGCUGCUAUCCACUCGCCUACUCAGUUCUCGACAGCCUGCGCGUCAUUAGUUCAGACACAACCUACUCGAACCACGAGCUCGACUCGAUGCUUUCCAUACCCAACCUAGCCGUGCGAAGUGUCCUCCAACUUCUCCGCUGCUCAUGUUCUUCAGAUCCACACCUCGCGAUGCUGUACUCAAGUAUCACAGUCAAAAUCCUACAUUGGUAUCAGAUUCUCGGAGACACCAAUCGGACCUCGUCUUCAUGUGCAACAUCAUCGCCAUCGCUUAGAAAUGGGUUCAUGUCGCCAACCUCUUCUAUCUUCUCUUCACCAAUGUCUUCUCCUGACUCAAAGACGUCGACGUUCGGCUUGCCAGUACAACUACGACGCUUCGGACUCUAUGAGUUUGUUCAGGAGGAGCAGUUGAGACGGCAGGUGGUGCUAGGGGAGUUGAUGGCAUGUGAGCAGCUUGUCAAUGCCUUGGCGGGGUGGAGGGGCUAUGGAAGGACGGAGUCUGCCGAGUUCCUCUACGGUGUGCUUGGUACGUGGUUGAAGGGGGAAGUGUUUCGUAUUUCGAAGAAGGUGGAUGGUGGAGUGGAGGAGCUCUGAGUGUAGAGCAUAACUUGUCUCGGAACGGGUUCAAUAACAUGAUACGUUAUUAGCAACGUUCUGGCGGUCCCUGCUUGCGUAUAGUGGGGUUCUCCCUAUGCCCCCGCGUCGUGAGUUAUUGUACCCUGUUGUCGAGGGGGGAGAU